AUGGGGAUUGAGCAAAACGGGUCUGGUGGGAAAGUGAAGGGGAGAAAUGAAUCGAGGAGGAACAAGCGGAGGCAGAAGAAAUUAUCGCCAGUUCAGAAGAUGUAUGAAACCUGCCAAGAAAUUUUUGCCUAUUGUGAAUCCGGUGUUGUUCCGGCAACUGAAAAAAUCGAAAAACUUGCGGCUUGUUUGGAUACAAUGACUCAAGCAGACGUCGGCCUGAAGCCAAAUAUGCCAUUUUUUGACGAUAAAAGAGCUCCCGUGAUAACCUAUAUGCACCUUCAUAAGUGUGAAAAAUUCUCGAUUGGGAUUUUUUGCUUGCCACCUUCGAGUGUCAUUCCUCUUCAUAACCAUCCAGGAAUGACGGUUUUCAGCAAGCUUCUCUUCGGGACCAUGCAUAUCAAGUCGUAUGACUGGGCGAAUGAGGUGGAUAAGAACCCUGAUGGCACAAUUGUGGAUACUAAUCCUCCAAAAAGUCAUCCUGAUGGUUUGCGCCUGGCAAAGCUUAAGGUCAACUCGGAGUUUACGGCUCCUUGUAGAACUUCCAUUCUCUAUCCAGCUGACGGUGGCAACAUGCACUGCUUCACAGCAAAGACGGCAUGUGCUGUACUGGACGUGCUUGGCCCUCCAUAUAAUGAUCCCGAGGGUCGUCAUUGCCAGUACUACUUUGAUUUCCCAUAUGCGCAUUUUUCAGUCGACGGUUUGUCCGUGGACGAGGAUAAGAAGGCUCAGCAUGCAUGGCUUAAGGAGAGAGAGAAACCCCAGGACUUAAACGUAGUAGGAGUGUCGUACAACGGACCUAAGCUAUCCAAAAAGUGA